UUUAGAUACGCUGUUUUAUUUUUCUUCUGUCUUCUCAGAAUGCGCAGACAGCCCAUAGCUACUGUCAAAAGUUCCAUGCAGGAAAAUGUUCGAUGUCUCACAAAUAUGAGGUGGGCAAAUAAUAAAUGUGACAUUAAUCAGACGCUUUUAUCCAAAGCUACAGUGUGCAUGCAUUCAUUUUCAGUUCGUGGCCCUGGGAAUCGAACCCACAAUCAUGACGUUUCUAGCGCCAUUAUUUAUUCCAUUGACUGUGAUGGUCGUUAUUUAUUUAGCUAUUUUAAUAGGCUAUAGACUAAAUUUGUACGAGUUUAAUAGGCUACUGCAAUAAUUCAACAUACAUGGUUGUAGGCUGCAUCACUCCUUCAGCCUACGUAGCAGAUUAUCAAAUGGAAGACAUGCGUUCCUCCAGGCUGCGCUCUGCGGUCGCCAGGCACACGCCACUAUUGCUAGGCCUACGAUUUUAGAAAAUACAAUGAUUAUCCUCCUGAGACCCAGCCCAUUGACUUAUGUCCACUGUAGUGAACAUUUGAGUUUCAUCCCUCUUCUUGGAAUAUUUUGUGCAAGUCUCUUAAUUCCUGAUGUACUGUACAGAGGACAUCCUGGGCUUUUCAGUGAUAUGUCAUUUGAUUGGCUGGGAGGCCGGGAACCGCCUCUAUCUUUCCUUUCAAAAUGGACGGCAUAGGAACAAGCACAUUUUAUGGAAAGAUGAGAGAUUUGCACCUGUGUUACCUGGGCUUCCUGUGUGUCAAGAUGACCCUACAACACGUGCAGACUGGAGUCCAAUUGAAUACUUUUCACAGUACAUUGACAACAAGGUCUUUGAAGAUUUGGCAACAUACACAAAUCAAAGAGAGCUGCAAAUCAAAGGAGUGUGCAUGAACACCACGCCACAAGAAAUAAAAAUCUUCUUGGGCAUUUCAGUCCACAUGGCCUGCCUUGGCUAUCCCAGAAUUAAAAUGUUUUGGGCCAACAAAACUAAAGUGCCAGUCAUAAGUAGCAAAAUGACUAGGGAUAGAUUCUUCAGGAUAAGAAAUUCCCUCAAGAUUGUCAAUGACCUGGCUGUAACAGAGGAAACAAAGAAGGCAGAUAUUCUUUGGAAAGUCAGGCCAAUACUCGAUCGUGUGCGCCAAGGCUGUCUCAGCCUUGCAAAGCCAGAAAGGGUCUGCAUUGAUGAGCAAAUCAUCCCAUUCACAGGCCGUUGUCCAGUCAGGCAAUAUGUUCCCGGCAAGCCAAACCCUACUGGCCUAAAGGUCUUUGUCCUUGCAUCCCCAAAUGGUCUGAUGCUUGAUUUUGAAGUCUACCAAGGGAAGAAUACCUUUACAGUCCAAAGUUUAGGAGUUGGAGCUGCAGCAGUUCUACGCAUGGUUGAAUCUGUUCCAACAGGAAGCCACAUAUUCUUUGACAGGUACUUCACAACCAUAGAUCUAUUGGAUGCAUUGCUGGCAAAGGGCCUUCCUGCAACUGGAACUAUAAUGAAGAACCGUGUCCCAAAGCUGUGCCAGCUGCCAGUAGACAAACAGUUGAAAAAAAGAGGGAGAGGAACAUCAGUGUCAGUGGCCAGAAAGAGUCCUGAGCUGGCCAUCACAAAAUGGUUCGACAACAAACCAGUGCUCAUGGCAUCCACUGUACAUGGGAAAGACCCAGAAGACAUCUGUACCAGAUGGUCCCAGAAAGAAAAGCACCUGGUCCAGGUUAAAAGACCAGCAGUAAUUAAGCAGUAUAAUGAUAACAUGGGUGGCGUAGAUCUUUGUGAUCGCAUGCUUAGCUUCUAUCGUAUGUCAAGCAGGACCAAGAAGUGGACAUCGCGCGUGAUCAGUCACUUCUUUGAUGUUGCCAUCACCAACUCCUGGAUACAAUACCAGUCUGACAGCAAAGCUCUGCACAGACCAUCCAAGAACACACAUCAGUACCUGGACUUCAAACUACUCCUAGCUGAGGAGCUGUUGGAGAGUCCGGAACUGGAAAACAGCUGUGAAGAGAGUGAGGAUGAGUAUGAGCCACCAUCUAAAAUGAGGAUCCCACAACCAGAGCCAUCUGUGCGCAGACUAGGAGCCAUGCACAUGCCUGAGAUGAUGGAUACCAAGCAUGCAGAAAGAUGCAGAAAUAAGGGCUGCAAGAGCAAGACGUACAUGAGAUGUACCAAAUGCAAGAUGUUACCAAAAAGAGAAAUUGCUUCCAGGACUUUCACCACUAACAAAGAAAAUACUAAGAACAAAAUGAAGAGUGAAGGAAAAAGCUAG